CAUUUAUUAUUUUGAUGCAAAGAGACUUGACUCCAUAGGAUGUGUUACCCUUGAUAGUGGAAUACUUGAAAUCCAUAGGAUUGAAGAAAUCCGCUAAGCAAAUUGAUUCUUUAUAUGAACAUGAUGAAACUCCAAUGGCCAAUAAGGAUUUAUCAAAGAUUAUCAAAUAUUAUGUUGACGGACAUCCGUAAUUAUUAAUUGCACAUUGAUUAGUAAGCUUGCUAGAAAAUUUGUUGCUGAGGCUGAGAAUGAUGAAUAAGAAGAGCAAGAGGAGGAAACUGAAUAAUAGAAGUAGGAGGAGAAGAGCAAUAAAAAAGAAACAACAAAACCAUCAUUAGACAAAAGAACAUUCACUCAAAUAAAUAGUAAUAGGGCAUUUUAAUUUAAGAUGUGCCAAUCAAUGAGGAAGUUGUGGAGCAGAAGGAAAAGAAGAGGUUUUUCCAAAAGUGUGAUGAAUCAGUAUAUGACAAAUUGCCUGAACAUUUGAGGGUCAACGCUUUUGAGGCCAAAAAGAUGUUUGGAGAGGGGGAUGAAUACGGUGAGUUUGGAAAUGAGAAGUUGAAGUUCACAAGGGGAGACAACUUCAAGAAGGAGAAGGGGAAACUAAAGAAUAGAUAAUUUUAAGGAAUGGGUAGCAUUAAUUUGAAUUCAAUAAACUCAAUUAAGUUAUGA